ACAUGUUUCGAUUAACCCAGAUUGCACUGUGUUUAAUUAUAGUUUCACUGACUUUCAGUCAUUUUGAAAGCAUGUAUGUUGCCUCUUCCGGGGACCCUGACAUCACCGGCACAAUAAAGGGACUGAACCGACGAAUCGCCGAUCUUCAGGUUCAGCACAGCCGCCACUAUAUCCCGCCGCUAAUCUGGGCCAAAGACCGGGGUGUCUACGAAAGCAAUAUCCGGAUCAACACGUACGGCAAGCCCCUGCUGGCUGAUUUCCGGCGGGUCGGCGUUUUCGACAACAACGCCUUCGCCACCGCCUGGGUGACGAUCUGCCUGCUGGAGGCGGGGCGAUACGGGACGGGCGCCCCGACGCCCGUUGACGAACAGAUGAAGAUGGCCCUGGAGCUCCUGAACUCGCAUCACGACAAAAACCGUCCGCCGGGAACAGGGGCAGUCGACUUCUGGUCGCAGGCCUUCAACCAGUCCAGCGGACUUUGGAUGAGUCAACCGACCAACAUCCUUUCCAUCAUCACCCUCAUGGAUGACGCUUUACCCUGGGACUUGAUGGAGGAGAUAUGCAAGAAGCUCGGCCCAUCAUUUACUGAAGUUUGCGAAUUGCUGGACUUCCUCAAAGGCGCCAAACACCAGCUUCUUCCCGCCUUCAAGAUUCCGGCAGAUUUUGACGACACCUUCGUUAACAUUGGUCUCGGGUGUCUCCUGAAGCAGCUCGGCUCCCGCUCGCCCUCCCUCUACCAGCUGUGGGAGUCCGGCAACACCGAGGCAAACACCGUCUUCCAGCUGCUCAAGACAUAUGCAUACCGCCCUCUGUCGGCAAGCUUGGCCAACCUGAUCGAUCCCCGGACUUACUACUUCGCGCGGGGGUUUCUUGAGAAGGCGGAGGAGGAAGGGAAGCCGGUAUCCUUGGCGACAACAUGGAUGGUGUACGAGAAUACGACUAGUUUUAUUGAGUGGGUUAUCGACAGUGGAACUGUGACCAGCCGGCCCGACCUGGCGCUGACUUACUACCCAUCCCGCUACAACUUCUACUGGUUCGUGGCUCGCACCAGGUUCCUCAUAGCCAACCGCCUUGCCGGCCGAGCCUUACCACCGUUCCCGUCACUCAGGUUCGUGUAUGAGCAUUUAAAUAGAGCCCUUCAGUCGCGAGUGACCAGCGACAUACUGGCAGAAGCCAAGACGGAAGGAGGGAAGUGGGCCUACUUCGACGACUUCCUGGGUGGAGCUGACGAAACUUGGACAGGAAAGCCGAAGAACAACGCCGAAGAUCGCCUCUUUACUACAUCCAUGGCUGUGAAUGCACUGAUUGCCACGUGGACAACUCAAGACAAAGCGACAAGACGGCUCUCAUGGGAAAAAGAGACUCCAGUUGGCGUGAUGCACGUGGUCCAGCAAGCAGUGUCGUGGCUGAACGAGUUUGUCCUGCGUGACGAAUACAAACCCCUCAAUGCGUUCUUCUCUGGUUCGGUAAAGGGCACCAGUACACUGCCUUUCUACUAUCCCGUCAAUUUCAUGGAGUACAUCAACGGCACCAAGAUCCCACUGAACGACACCCACGUGACCAUCGACGAAAGUCUGGUGCUGGCCAUGUCUGGUGUGGUGUCUGAGGACCAGUACGAUAAGAUGGCCAAGGAGCCGCACUUUGGGCACCGGACGCCCACCAAGUUCCAGGGCUACAACAAGAGCAUGUUCCCCUUCUGGUCUUCGGCCGCCUACACGUACGCCUCAAAUCUUCUGGCGCUGUCGCAAUUUCUCAACUUGGCAACUUAGAACUUUAGAACAAACUUUACGUACACGAUACUGUGUUCUGCGUGCACCGUAUGAGACCUUUAAUACACAAUAGUUGUCGCCCAUUACGUACACGAUACAGGACACAAUUCUUUGUAUGGUGUAGAUGUAUAAAUAGAAAUAUCCAGUCAUAGGCACACGAAAGUAAUUAAGGUGUACGUAUAAAGCGUGCCCGUACACGAAAGAAUGGAAAAAAUGUCAUAGAGGUAUCCACAGAUUGACUGUAAGGUUAUUGAGAAUGACAGUAUUAAGUGGAUAGUUGAAAAGGUUACACUUGAUGUGAACAUUUUAGCUGGUACAAUAUUUCAUUUAUAUGAAUCAUCGGCGAACGGCUUUUUAUAUCAUCAAAAACUUUCAGUGUGAUUUUACAUUAAAUAUGGCAAUCAACAAUGCAAUCCUAAAGGAAUAAUUAUGCACCGUUUUAGCUUACAAAUAAUGGACAAUGGUUUACAAUUUUAAUAGAUAUACGCAUACAAACAUCUUGACAUCUAACUCUGAAGAACAAAGAUCUUCUAGUUAAUGUUAGACCAAUGAGGACCUUUGUCAAGCUUAUGCACUGUAUUUUGUCUCCGGAAUUAAUUUCCUCGAAAUUCAGUAUUCUUGCGUUGUUUUCUUGCCUCGUUUCUUUUCCGGCCUUAAUUUUGUUGAUUCCUUUUGCCCUGCCUUUAUUUUUUACGAUGGGAAUUGGAAUAAACCAA